GCCCAACUCGGUCUUUAUAUGUGUGCGUGCUUCUGUGAGUGAUGAUAUGUAAUAGGAUAUCAGCUACCGGUUUGGAGGUGAUCGGUGUUUUGUGGGAGAGGCUGAAGUGAUGCAGAGGAUGGGAACCGAUGACGACGGCUACCAGGCGUCCGACAUGGUCGAGACGGAGAGCGUGGGCAGCGACCGGGUGGGCUUCAGUGGCCCGCUCAGCAAGCGGGGGAGCCGGAAGAGCGCCCGGUUCAACCUGCCGGCCUCGUCCGCCGCCGCCGGGGAAGACGACGAGGCGUACGUGGAAAUCACCCUGGAUGUGCGCGACGACACGGUGGCGGUGCACAGCGUGAAGCCGGCGGCCGGAGCAGGGGGAGGCGAGAUGGAGGACCCGGAGGUGUCGCUGCUGGCGCGGACGCUGGAGCGGCGGUCGGCGUCGUUCGGAUCGUCGGUGAUCCGGACCGCGUCGUCGCGUAUCCGGCAGGUGUCGCAGGAGCUUCGGCGGCUGGCCUCGGUGACGAAGCGCCCGACCGCCGGCGGGAAGGUCGACCGGUCAAGGUCGGCGGCGGCCCACGCGCUCAAGGGGCUCAAGUUCAUCACCAAGACCGAUGGCGCCGCCGGGUGGCUGGCCGUCGAGAAGCGCUUCGACGAGCUCGCCGCCGACGGCGGCCUCCCCCGCUCCCUCUUCGCCCAGUGCAUAGGCAUGAAGGAGUCGAAGGAGUUCGCAGGAGAGCUGUUCGACGCGCUGGCGAGGAGAAGACACAUCACCGGGGACAAGAUCACCAAGGCGGAGCUGAGAGAAUUCUGGGAGCAGAUCUCGGACCAGAGCUUCGACUCCAGGCUUCAGACCUUCUUCGACAUGGUGGACAAGAACUUGGACGGAAGAAUAACGGAGGAAGAGGUCAAAGAGAUCAUCACCCUGAGCGCCUCGGCCAACAAGCUGUCCAAGAUCAAAGAACAGGCGGAGGAGUAUGCCCGGCUCAUCAUGGAAGAACUAGAUCCCAACGAUCUUGGCUACAUUGAGAUAUACAACCUGGAGAUGCUGCUGCUGCAAGCGCCGACGCAGUCGAUGAACAUAGGGACGACCAACAGCCGGAACCUGAGCCAGCUGCUGAGCCAGAAGCUGAGGCCGACGCAGGAGCCGAACCCGCUGCGGCGGUGGUACCAGCGGGCGAGGUACUUCCUGGAGGACAACUGGCAGCGGGUGUGGGUGAUGGCGCUGUGGCUCUGCAUCUGCGCCGGCCUCUUCGCCUGGAAGUUCGUGCAGUACCGCCACCGGGCGGUGUACCACGUCAUGGGCUACUGCGUCUGCGUCGCCAAGGGCGGCGCCGAGACCCUCAAGUUCAACAUGGCCCUCAUCCUCCUCCCCGUCUGCCGCAACACCGUCACUUGGCUGCGCACCAAAACCAAGCUCGGCAAAGUCGUCCCCUUCGACGACAAUCUGAAUUUCCACAAGGUGAUCGCGGUCGGCAUCGCGGUGGGCGUGGGGCUGCAUGCCAUCUCCCACUUGACGUGCGACUUCCCGCGGCUGCUGCACGCGACCGACGCGGAGUACGAGCCGAUGAAGCCCUUCUUCGGCGACACCAGGCCCAACAACUACUGGUGGUUCGUGAAGGGCAAGGAGGGGUGGACGGGGGUGGUGAUGGUGGUGCUGAUGGCCAUCGCCUUCACUCUGGCCACCCCGUGGUUCCGCCGCGGCCGGGUCAGCUUGCCCAAGCCCUUCAACCGGCUCACCGGGUUCAACGCCUUCUGGUACUCCCACCACCUCUUCGUCAUCGUCUACAUCCUCUUCAUCGUCCACGGCUACUUCCUCUACCUCUCCAAGAAAUGGUACAAGAAAACGACGUGGAUGUAUCUGGCGAUCCCGGUGAUCCUGUACGCGAGCGAAAGGCUGGUGAGGGCAUUGAGGUCGAGCGUGAGGCCGGUGAAGAUACUGAAAGUGGCGGUGUAUCCCGGCAACGUGUUGACGCUGCAUGUGUCCAAGCCGCAGGGCUUCAAGUACAGAAGCGGGCAGUACAUCUUCGUUAACUGCGCUGCCGUCUCCCCCUUCCAAUGGCACCCGUUCUCCAUCACCUCGGCUCCGCAAGACGACUACAUCAGUGUGCACAUAAGGACGCUGGGCGACUGGACCAGGCAGCUCAAAAUGGUUUUCUCGGAGGUGUGUCAGCCGCCCACCGGCGGGAGGAGUGGACUGCUGAGAGCUGACUACGGUGAUAGCAGCAACAAUGGGAUGAAUCCAAGCUUUCCGAGGGUGCUGAUCGACGGGCCAUACGGCGCACCGGCACAAGACUACAAGAAGUACGAGGUGGUGCUGCUGGUGGGGCUGGGCAUCGGGGCCACCCCCUUCAUCAGCAUCGUCAAGGACAUCGUCAACAACAUGAAGCAGUUGGAGUCGCUGGGGCUGGGGGACGUGGAGGAGCAGGACCUGGAGAACCGGGGGGGAGGCAGCAAUAGCAACAGCGGACACCACAAGAGGGGCGGGUCGACGUCGACGUCGGUGUCGGUGUCGACGUCGUCGUUCAGGACGCGGCGGGCCUACUUCUACUGGGUGACGAGGGAGCAGGACUCGUUCGAGUGGUUCCGGGGGGUGAUGAACGAGGUGGCGGAGACGGACAAGAAGGGGGUGAUCGAGCUGCACAACUACUGCACCAGCGUGUACGAGGAGGGCGACGCCCGCUCCGCCCUCAUCGCCAUGCUGCAGUCGCUCAACCACGCCAAGCACGGGGUGGACGUGGUGUCGGGCACCCGCGUCAAGUCCCACUUCGCCCGCCCCAACUGGCGGAACGUCUACAAGCGUAUCGCCCUCAACCACCGCGAAAAACGAAUCGGCGUGUUCUACUGCGGAGCCCCGGCGCUGACGAAAGAGCUACGCCAGCUGGCUCAGGAUUUCACGCAUAAGACCACGACAAAGUUCGACUUCCACAAAGAGAACUUUUGAUCCACCGUAUCUCUCUUAGACACACACCACUGGCUAUAUAGCAGACCGUACAAAUACUAUUAUACUCUGGAUGAUCAUAAAAAACAUUGGGUCUUUAGAUCCAUAUAGAGCACGCUCCUUAACUAUUUUGUACAGUAUCAUUUAUUUGUCCUUUUUUUUCCCCUUC